AUGAGGAUAAUCGACCCCCAAAGCGCCGUCCUCACCAACAUCGAGGUCCUGGCCUACAUAACCGCCAACCCACCCCGACGACCCCCUAACCCUCCCCCGAACUCCCGGAACUGGGUUCCUAGUCCUGAUCUCCGCGACCACAAUACAGUCGUCCGAGAGAUCCACAACUACAUCCACCGUCUCUCCCCUCACCUCCUCAAAUACCCAGCUUAUAUACAUGGCGAACCGCCACAGUCGCAACAACAGCCGUCGUCGGGUGCGUCCCCGACGGUACCCCCCGUGCAGCCGAGUACGCCUACGCCCAUUGACCUUGCGCUCCGCGAGCUGGUUACGCGGCUGAAGCCGUUUGGGUUGACGAAGGGGGAGGUGGUUAUGAUUGUGAAUCUGGGGGUGGGGUUGGAUACGCCCUCCGGGGCGCGGGGUGGUGAGGAGGAAGGGGAGGGAGGAGAGCAGGAUGGGAUGGAGGUUGAUGAGGCGGAAGGAGGGGAGGAGGGUGGGGAGGAGGCAGGUAGAGAAUCAGGGGGUGGUGGGUUGAGCGAGGAGGAUUACGGGGCGCUUGCGCUGCUGGAUACGGUGAUUGAGGAGCGGGAGGAGAGGUUAUCGGAGGAUGAUGUGGCGCAGAUAUUGGCUAUUAUCCGGGAGACGUUAGGGUCGAAGGGGAGGACGGGGAGUGUAGGGUAG